UUGACCACGAAGGUCUUCUUUGAUCAGAAAUCCACCUUCGUUUCCCAAGUCUGAAUCUCUUGCAUAGUCCAAUCCUCUGUUGUUUCUCUUCUUCCAGGCCUCUCUCUCUCUCUUGGUCUCUUCUGAUUGGCAAAGGAAUGGAGGUGAACUUGGGACACUGAACGAUUUGACUCCUUUUGAUGCCAUCAUGACUUUAUUGUUCCUUUUCUGGAUGGUUGCCCUCAGUUUGCAGUUGGCCAAUGCAUCCAGAAAUCCUUUCUGUGCAACAGGAGAGGACACUCAGGUUUGGGCUAAGGAAGGAGGCCAAGCUCUGCUUCCCUGUUACCUGAGUUCUCAGAAGUUGGAGAGCAGUUGGAGGCAACUGUAUCAGGGAUUAACACUUCGCUGGGUACGGCAUGAAGGCAGUUCCCACAGGAAGCGCCGUUUGAUUCUAAAGGUGGAUCCCAGUGGGAUCAAGAAAUGGUCCCGUUCCAUGAUACACCGAUUAUCAAUCUGGGAUGCCGGUUUUCUUCGGGGGAAUUUUUCUCUUCAGAUUGACCCCUUACUAAAUGAUGAUACAGGAAUCUAUGAGAUGCUGGUGAAAUAUGGUAGCAGUGUUUGGUGCUGCCAGGUGAAGCUUGGUGUGGUGUCAGUGACUGCUAACCCUCCUGGUCCUCUGGUUGAGCUGGGAGCCGUGAAACUAACCUGUAACUGCACACGUUCAGAAAAACCCAUAAAGAUACGCUGGUUCCAUGCAGGUCUUCCGAUUCCAACUACUGGUCGUUUCAUCUCUCAAGGCCAAGCUCUGUUUAUCUCCAGUUCAUUUGGGAAUGACUCUGGGCCCUGGCUCUGUCAACUCAUCUUUGCAGAUGGAGAGAUAAUUUCUGCCACAUACGAGCUGCAAGUCAUAGGAUUUACAGAGAAAACUAUUCCUGUAGUCUAUACAGCCGCAGGAUCUGAUGCCAACCUACCCUGCAUCCUAAAUUACAAACCCUUGGACUAUGGCAUCUCAGAUGUGGCUGUCCAUUGGAAGCACAUGGGAAGGAGAGAAAUGAAGGCAACAGCCACUUCUAUCCGUGGAAAUCAGAGAAAUUUCUCCCUCUAUCUCCCUGCUGUGGGCCCUGAAGAUGCAGGCCAAUACCUCUGUGAGGUCACCAUCCAAGGCACCACUAUUACGCAGAAUGUCACGCUGGCAAUAAUGACAGUCAUCCGAAGCAGUGAAGGAACAGCAGUCACAGAGGGAUCUCACUUGAUGCUCACCUGCAACCUGAGCUACCACACUGGACAGGAGCGUUUUCGCUGGCAGAAGUUGGGAUCCAUGCCCACGGAGAGUGCCUCCAGAAAGGCAGAGGUCUUGAAACACACUCUGGAGAUCUCUCCAGUGUCACUGAGUGAUGCAGGCACCUGGGAAUGCCAAGUCUAUGGUCCAGAUGAGAUGCUGGGUUCUGUACAACAUCGCCUAGAAAUUACAGCUGCCCAGGUCUCCAGUUCACAGCCUGGAACUCCUGGAAAGGUCAUUUUUGGGCUGAUGGUUGGCUUCUUUAUUCUUGUUAUUUCUGUUUUGGCUUUGACCCAUCAUGUAAGGAAAAGGGUCACCUCCUCAAACUUCCCAGCACUGGAACUGAUGGUAGCUGCCACUUUGCCAGGAAAAAAAGAAAAAGUUGGAGACCCGGAAGAAAAAGUCCAGCAGAUGGAAUAUUGAUGGAAGAAGAACUCAUGUAAACGACAGCUGCCAAGGGUGGCCUGAUAAGACUGAUGAGGUGCAGAAUACUUUGGAUAUGGCCAAUUGCUUGAUGGUCCAGAGGUUUUCAGGUUAUGAGAUGGUUCCUCCUUGAGUCUGGGAAGCAUCUGGAAAAAGGAGGGGAUUCUCAAUGACUCCUCCCUGCCAAGAUGUCUUUAAAAGGUCUGAAUUGAUUCAUACUACAUUUUUCAGGGUGACUGACAAUACCACACCUGUCCCUUACCAGAUCUGAGAACUGUUCCUUGGUAUUUUCCUUUGGGUGGUACUUCCCUGCCUUAGGGUAUACUAGAGAAGGUUUGUUUUGUUGCCCUUUCUUCCACGCUUGCCCAUAAUUGGAUGUUUUGGAAAAUGGAAGUCUCCAUAACCUUUUGGAAAAUUUAUGAUCUUUGGCGCUCCAUGCAGUCAUGCCGACCACAUGACCUUGGAGGUGUCUACAGACAACGCCGGCUCUUUGGCUGAGAAAUGGAGAUGAGCACCAACCCCCAGAGUUGGUCACGACUGGACUUAACGUCAGGGGAAAACCUUUACCUUUACCUAUGAUCUUUGGAAAGGCAUGACCUUGUUGGAAGUCAUAACUUUUUGAAAAAUGAUUCCAUAACCUCCUGGUAAAAGGCAUGACCUGUUAGAGCAGUGGUUCUCAACCUUCCUAAUGCCACAACCUCUUAAUACAGUUCCUCAUGUUGUGGUAACCCCCAACCAUACAAUUAUUUUCGUUGCGACUUCAUAACUAUGAUUUUGCUACUGUUAUGAAUCGCAAUGUAUGCAGGAUGUAUUUUCAUUCACUGGACCACAUCUGGCACAAAUACCCGAUACACCCAAAUUUGAACACUGGUGGGGUGGGGGUGGGGGGCAGAAUUGAUUUUGUCAUUUGGGAGUUGUAGUUUCUGGGAUUUAUAGUUCACCUACAAUCAAAGAGCAUUCUGAACUCUACCAAUGAUGGAAUUGAACCAAACUUGGCACACAGAACUCCAAUGACCAACAGAAAUUACUGGAAGGGUUUGGUGGGCAUUGACCUUGAGUUUUGGAGUUGUAGUUCACCUACAUCCAGAGAGCACUGUGGACUCAAACAAUGAUGGAUCUGGACCAAACUUGGCAUGAAUACUCAAUAUGCCCAAAUGUGAACACUGCUGGAGUUUUGGAGAAAAUAGACCUUGACAUUUGAGGGUUGUAAUUGUUGAGAUUUAUAGUUCACCUACAAUCAAAGGGGUUUCUAGGACCAUCAGAAAUAUGUGUUUUGUGAUGGCCUUUGGCGACCCCUCUGACACCCCCCCCCCCGGGGUCCUGACCCCCAGGUUGAGAAACACUGUGUUAGAGCAAUAACGUUUUUGGGGAAAUUGCAUUCAUGCAAGGCAAUCUGGUUUCUCACCUGUUAAACAUAUUAUCUCUUUGAACUGUUAGGGACAAAGAUAUGCCAAUGCACAAAACAUAUAUCUGUUUUAUAUGAAUUGUUGUUCUGUAGAUUGUUUUAUAUGAAUUGUUGUUCUGUAGAUUGUUUUAUAUGAAUUGUUGUUUUUACAUUGUUUUUAGGCAUUGAAUUUUUGCCUAUUUAUUGUAAGCCGCUUUGAGUCCCCUCAGGGAGAAAGGCGGGGUAAAAGUGAUGUAAAUAAAUAAAUAAAUAAUAAAAUAAAUAUAUACACUAUA